CUUACUCCAUUGCCCUUCACCAAUCUCAUUCCUGUCUUCUCCAUUUUCUCCCAACUACAAAAUACAAAGAGCUCAUCUGUAUUCAUCAGCUAUGGAACUCUUUUCUCUACUUCUUUCUAUGGCCCUUGUUGCACUCACUAUUUUAUUCAUCACCAGUCGCCGCUCUGCCAGCGACCCCAACCUUCCGCCGGGCACCUUCGGCUGGCCCAUCAUCGGAGAAACCAUUGAAUUCUUGUUUGGCAAGCCGGAAAAUUUUGUCGGCGACAGGAUGAAGAAAUACUCACCGGAUAUCUUCAAGACCAAAAUCCUUGGAGAGAAAACCGCUGUCAUUUGUGGCCCCAACGGCCAUAAGUUCCUCUUCUCUAACGAGCACAAGUACUUCACCGCAUUCCGCCCCCACCCCAUGCAACACCUCUUCCGCUCCUACCAAAACAAGGCGGCGGCGGCUUCUCUGGCGCCUCCAUCUCAAACCCAAAGCUCAGACGAGGCUAAAGCAAUCCGUCAACCCGGGUUCUUGAAACCCGAAGCCCUGAUGCGGUUCUUGGCAAAAAUGGAUGUCGUCACGCAGCAGCAAUUGCAAGAACAUUGUGCCGGAAAAAGCGUGGUGGAAGUUUACCCUCUUGCGAAAACUAUUACACUAUCUCUUGCCUGCCAAUUUUUUCUAGGCAUUAAUAAUCCAGAGCGCAUAGCACGCCUUGUGAAAUACUUUGACGACGUUACUGUGGGUAUGCACUCCAUCAUGCUUAACGUCCCGGGUACUAUCUUCUAUCGUGCCAAUAAGGCGGCUGCUGCGAUUAGAAAGGAGUUGUUAAGUGUUAUCACGGAAAAGAAACAGGGCAUGGCAUCUGGUGCCCCGUUGCAAGAUAUUUUGUCGCACAUGAUUGCUAUUAGGGACUCGAGUGGGAAAUCCAUGCCCGAAGCUGAAAUUGCUGACAAGAUUAUGGGGUUGUUAACAGCUGGGUACAGCACUGUUGCUACAACCAUUACUUUCUUGAUGAAAUAUGUUGGGCAAAGUUCAGAAAUCUAUGAAAAAGUUAGAGCAGAGCAAAUGGAGAUUGCGGCGUCCAAAGAGGCAGGGGAAUUGUUAGGAUGGGAAGACAUGGCAAAAAUGAAGUACUCUUGGAACGUGAUAUGUGAGACAAUGAGAAUGGUACCCCCUCUCCAGGGAACUUUCAGAGAAGUUUUGACAGAAAUCAGUUAUGCUGGUUACACAAUUCCAAAGGGCUGGAAGGUUUAUUGGACAGUGAGCACCACAAACAAGAAUCCAGAGUAUUUCAGGGAGCCAGAAACAUUUAAUCCGUCAAGGUAUGAUGAAGGAGAAGCACCUCCUCCAUACACUUAUGUACCAUUUGGAGGAGGGCCAAGAAUGUGCCCUGGAAAAGAGUAUGCCCGCCUCGCAAUAUUGGCUUUCCUUCAUAACGUAGUGAAGAAUUACAAGUGGGAAGUGAUAGAUCCGAAUGAGAAGGUUGAAGGAGAUAUGAUGCCGGAGCCACAGAAAGGUCUACCCAUCCGACUCUAUCAUCAUCAUCAUUAGCCCACCCUCCACUCAAAUUAAAUAACUAGUUUCGGGUCUUUAGGUCAUACACCAUACACCAUACACCUAACCCUUCUGUUGUCUACAAUUAAAUCAUUGUUGGUUUAAUCAUUUCACAUCAAUUCGUUCAAACAAGCACAUCUAAACUAGUUUGGUUUUAAACCAUUUUCCUUUUUCUACUGGCGAGAAAGCGAAUAGCAUGAAAGGAAAAGAGAACGAACAUCUCUUCAUCCUACAUGAGCAGGGGAUGUAGCUCAGAUGGUAGAGCGCUCGCUUAGCAUGCGAGAGGUACGGGGAUCGAUACCCCGCAUCUCCAAUUUCACUUGCUCAUUUUCUAGUUUUUUAUUUGUGAUGUGUACGAAUGCCAGAGCAUAAGCAUUCUGCUUGAAAUGUCAUGUCUUGAAUCCGGACGAAAAGGUGAAUGAAUUGCCGUCUUUAAUAUCCAUUCAAAACUCGACACAGCCCCCUGUUACAAAUCAAAGAACUGAACUCCCUGGCCAUAGUUUACUAGUUGAUGGUUAUAGUCUGUGUGCACGAGUGUAGCUUAAUUUGUUGGAGAUGGAUGAAUUGAGUCUUGAUGUUGGUUGGAUGGAUGGGUGCAUAAUCAGCAGCAGGCCUACAAUUUAGGAAAUGAACUUUUAUGGGCACGCACCCUGGCAGCAAUAUAUUCUUUCUUACAAGCCUUCACUCAUCAUCAUAUAAAGAAGAAACAGAUAAAGAAAUUAACACCAACGACCGAGAAGAAAAAGAUGAUGAUGCUUAAUUAAGAACACCCCAUUCAGAGAUUAUUGGAGUUAUGGUGGUAUGGAUUUGGGGUGUGGAAUUUGUGUAUUCAAGAAAGAGGCUGUGAAGUUGGAGAGCAGAGCAAAGGAGUUAUGAUAUGUAUUUGUUGAUUAGGAUACAUCAUCAUCACAUACCAUGUACAUGAGAUGAGAGUAACGUUGUUGUGCACAAGUAAUAAUUGAGGAAUUGGGGUUGUGUUGUGGCACAUGGGAAACGGAA